AUGGGUGCUGCUUAUAAGAUUUUUGGUAAGAACGUUCAACCACAUGUGCUAGCCAUUACUACCUUGGCUACCGUCAUUGGUGGUACUGCAUUUGCUCUUUCCGGUCCUAAGAAGGCCGAAAAUCCUGUUGCAACUGCGACUCCAGCUGCGGCCACUGCCGGCUCUAACAGCGACGAUAUCGACGUGGAGAAGUUGUUAGGUGAUUUCUUGAAGGAGGAAUCGAAAUGA